AAAGUUGUAAAAGUAGAGGAAUAGAUAUACGGUGGUGCCUAGCAUUGGUCUGGGGUUGGAAUCGUAUCCGGGCUAGAGGUUGUUCGGUGAGUGAGUGUGGAUGGAGGCUUGUGUUUUUGGACCAAAGGUUCGAGUGAGGCUUACCCGACCGACGACUUGUCUCGUUCCCUGGUAGGUUUUGCUACCAACUCGGUCUCUUUUCUUCUGGUUUUACUGGCUGAACUGUGAAUGUUUAGUUACAGUUUGGGCGUUUUUUGUUCUGUUCGAGAGGGGCACUUUAUUCCGUAAGGUCGUGAGACGGCAGGAGAGUGCUUUUGGAUUUUUUUUAGCUACUAGAAGAUCGAUAUAUGAGCGUGGUUGGCUUGAUCUGUUUAAAGACAAGAAACAAAGUCGGAUGGUGGCUGAAUGUGUGAGAUAAUAACAAUUGUUUUGCUAUUCACAGUGAAAGUUUGAGUGGUGGCAUAUGUUUAUUGUGAUAAUUGUUGUAAAUUCGGCUAUGAGCUUUUAUUGUGAAGUGAGAAUUGAAGCUAAUGAACCUUGGUGGCGCUUUGGCAGAGGUUGGAAGCUUGUGGCCGAGAUUUAAGCUUGUAGAGAGAGUAACAACACAUUUGUGGGUUUUCAGGCUAGAAUUAAGGUGUGCAAACUAGGGCUGUUAAUGAGCCGAGCCUGAACACCUAAAGCUCGAGUUCGGCUCGAUAAGGAAUUAGUGGUGCUCGGUUCGUAGUGUGGGAAAGAGUUGUGAGCUGUGACGUGGGAGAAUUCAACUACAUAAUUAAAAGCUUUGUAAAUUUGUUUACUUUAUAAACAAAAUAAAUUAUGGCAAAAUGGGCAAAGAAAUUCCGGUUGAAAGAAGGGGACACAAAUACAAAGUUCUUUCAUAAUGUGGUUAAACAAGAGAGCUAUGUUUGCCUAGACGGUCUAGACCCGGAGUGCCACCAGCACUAUUGGGAUAUUUUGGGGGACGACAUAGCUGCUUUUUGUCAAAAGAUGUUCUCAACAGGAGUUAUCCCAAGGGAGAGGGAACUGGGCCUAGGCCAUUUGGUGCGGCAUUUCCGGCGGGAGAAUUGGCGUCUCUUUGUUGCAUUCCAGUGGUUCUUUAUGGAGUUCUCUGUUCUUCCGGGAAGGCGUUUUGCUAUUUCCGCCCACUUGUUACCAACUUCUAGGUGUAUUUAGCAUGACGGGAAAGCGGAAAUUUGACUCGGGGUCUACGAAGAGAAAGAAUAAGGUGAGGAGAGAUUUGGUUAUACAAUCCUUUGCCGGCUCUAUGGAUCGGUAUGUUAAGUCAAAUCCUUCUUCCUCAAGUAUUGUUGAGAAUGACAAUACAAAUGUUGUUUGUGAGAAUGAGAAUAAUAAUGCAAACAUUGUAGAAGAGAAUGAGGAUGUUAAUACUCAUAGGGACAAUGUAAUUGUUAGUGACGAAGAAACUGUAGGUCAAGUCACUGCGCCUGAGAUAUUAUAUGAUUUCUUUGACCCGGGAAAUUGGAAAACACCCAUAUCUCAAAACCAAAGAGAUUUAUUGGUAGAGAGAGGUCCUAUAAGAAUAAGUGGUCUUGAAUAUCCCGUUGAUAGGAAAAGGAGUUUCAGUGACAAACUUUACACUCGAUGCUUGGGAAAUGGGGAGAGAUAUGAUAGACCAUGGUUGGUUUACUCUUUGUCAAAAGACAAAGUCUUUUGCUUUUGUUGUGUGUUAUUCAAAAAAAGUGUGAUGUCAAGCCCUCUAACGAAUGCGGGUCAAGGCUAUAAUGAUUGACACAACAUACAUUGUAGACUUGUUGAGCAUGAAAAAAGCUUUGAUCAUAUCCUUAACAUAGAAGCAUGGAGGGAAGCGGAAGUGAGGUUAAAAAAAAGGAACUAUUGAUGCUUCUCGAGAUAUAGCUAUCAAUAAAGAGAAGGAGUAUUGGAGAGCUGUUUUAAAGAGGAUUAUGAUUGUUGUGAAGACUCUUGCUACUUGUAACAUAGCUUUCCGCGGCCAUAGGGAGAAGCUUUCAGAUGAAAAUAAUGGAUUUUUUUUAAAGAUUAUUAAUAUGAUUGCGGAGUUUGAUCCUAUAAUGGAAGAGCAUCUUAGGAGGAUACGGAAGAAAGAGAUCCGAAAUCAUUAUCUUGGCCAUGGUAUUCAAAAUGAAAUGAUACAACUUUUGUCAAAUGAAGUUAAAAAAAUCAUUCAAGUUAUUCGGAGUGCGAAGUACUUCUCUGUUAUUCUUGAUUGCACGUCGGAUGUUAGUCAUGAUGAGCAAAUGAUACUUUUGAUUAGGUGUAUAAAUGUGUCUGCAAUCCCUAUAAGAAUUGAGGAGUUUUUCUUAACAUUUGUUAAAGUGAUUGAGACAACUGGUGAAGCUCUCUUUGUUGAACUUAAAAAGUUGCUUCACAUUCAUGAGUUUGACUUUAAUAAUGUAAGGGGACAAGGUUGAUAAUGGUUCAAACAUGAAGGGAGAUGACAAAGGAGUACAAGCUAGGGUGUUAAGAGAAUAUCCGAGAGCAUUGUAUACUCCUUGUGGUUGUCAUUCUCUGAACCUCGCCCUUUGUGAUAUGGCUAUGAGUUGUACACAAGCAAAAACAUUUUUUGGUGUGGUGCAACGUAUCUAUAAAUUAUUUUCAGGGUCAACCAAACGAUGGGAGGUUCUCAAGAUUUACCUUAAAGACGGUGAAGGAAGUGGUCUCACUCUUAAAUCAUGGUCAGAUACACGUUGGGAAAGUCGUGUUGCUAGUGUGAGGGCUGUCAGGUUUCAAGGGCCACAGAUAAAACAAGCAUUAGAGCACUUGACCAACUGUAGUAACGAUCCUAGCACUGUGAGUGAUGCAAGGUCCAUAUGUGAGUAUGAAAUGAACUUUGAUUUUCUUGUUGCUAUUGUAAUCUGGUACGAGAUACUUAACAAGGUAAAUAAAGUUAGCAAAGUCCUUCAACAAAAAGAUAUGAUUGUCAGUUCAGCUAUUACUCUCUUGAAAGGCCUAGUUGCAUAUUUUAAAGAUUAUAGAGAGGAUGGAUUUGAGAAAGCCAAAGUUGAAGCUGAAAAAUUGGCGAUUGAAUUAAAUAUUCAACCCCAAUUUCGUGAAACUCUCGUACCAAAAAGAAGUUUUUCGAUGAGAAUGCAAUGGAUGAACCAAUAAAAUCAGCAGAAAGUGUAUUCAAGUUAACUUACUUUUUGUUUGUUGUUGAUGCUGCUAUAUCUUCACUUACUACUAGAUUUGAGCAGUUUCAAAAAUACGAGGAUACAUUUGGAUUCUUGUAUGACAUAAGUAAGUUGAAGGGACUUGGCGAUGAGCAACUGAUGAGUUAUUGUGACACGCUUAGCACGUUUUUGAAACAUGGGGAUGAUUGUGAUAUUGACGCAGUUGAGCUAUUUUCGGAACUACAGUUGCUUGGAAAAUCCUUACCGGAAUGUGCAACAAAAGUGAUUGAAGUGUUGGAGUACAUAAAAGAUAUGCAUAUUUCUUUUCCAAAUGCUUGGAUUGCUUACAAAAUUUUGUUGACUAUUCCAGUGACAGUGGCUACUGCAGAAAAAAGCUCUUCAAAGUUGAAACUUAUUAAAAACUAUCUACGAUCAACCAUGUCAGAAGAUAGAUUAAGUGGCUUAGCUAUAUUAUCUAUUGAGAAAAAAGUGUUGGCCAGUCUUGAUUGCAGUGAUGUUAUUAAUGAUUUUGCACUUCAAAAGGCAAGAAGGAUAGGUCAAUAGGGUAUCAAAAGUACAAGUCUGCGAUAUAUUUUGCAUAUGUUUGCAUUAUUAUAUUUAAAAACUUAUCCUUUUGAAUAUUAAAAAUAUUAUAUCGUACACUUUGAUAUGAUUUUUCAUAUGCAGUUUUAUCUAUUCAAUUUAUCUCUUUUGAAUGUGAUUUUUGUAUGGUAAGUA